AUGAUUCUGCGGCAGGCUGAAUCUCCCGCACCAAAAAGAAAGUGGGAAGAAAGAAAGGGGGACACCCGGAAUAACAACUUUAAAAGGCCUAAAACAUUUCCUCAAUGUCAAAUUUGCAAACGCUUUCAUACGGGGGAAUGUCAUUUUCCUUGUCCAAAUUGUAAAAAGACGGGUCAUGCUCUUCAAGAAUGCAAGGAAAAGAAGAAGUGUUUCAAAUGUGGAGACCCUAACCACAUGGGAUCUGAAUGUCCCGAACUUAAAAGAAAUGAUAGGACACAACCAAAUCAGCCAAAAGGGCGGGCAUUUGUACUCACCACGGAAGAAGCCAAGACCAAUACAGACGUUAUCACGGGUACGUAUCUCGUAAAUGAUGUAUAUGCGCGUGUGUUAUUUGAUACCGGUGCAAAUAGAAGUCUAGUGUCGACUACCUUUAGACCUUACUUGAACCAGGCGUCCCAAAACCUAGAUCAUGCCUUUACAGUAGAAAUGGCUGAUGGAAGUCAAAGAGGGAUAGUUGACAUAGUUAAGAAUUGUAAAAUAAGCUUAAACAACCAUGUUAUCCCUAUAGACCUAAUGCCUAUGGAACUUGGAGAAUUCGACAUAGUCAUAGGAAUGGACUGGUUGACACCAUAUCAUGCGGAAGUUAUAUGUGACAAAAGGAUCGUCCGACUCCGAUUACCCAACGGCAAACAACUAACUGUAUCGGGAGACCGCACUAACAAGACUAAGAACCUCAUCACGAUAGCACAAGCACAUAAAUGCCUAAGGAAAGGGUAUGUUGCCUUUCUAGCAUAUGUCGUAAACACUACAGAAAAGCAGAAGGUCGAGGAAGUGCCAGUAGUACGAGAAUACCCUGAAGUGUUUCCCGAUGAGCUCUCGGGACUACCAUCGGAUAGACAGGUUGAGUUUCGCAUUGACCUAGUUCCCGGUAUAUCACCGAUUGCUAAGUCGCCGUACAGACUAGCCCCGACAUAA